GGCGCCCGCGGCAGUCAGCGCGCUGAUGGCGCUGGAAGCGGAGGCGGCCGGGGCUCCCCUCGGCUCCUUCCUCAGGGACUUCCCGUCCGCGCUCGGCCCGGGGGAGCCACUGCCGUGGAGCUCGGCGGGGAGCGGCGCCGUGAGCGAGGCCGAGGCGCCGGGCGCGCUGGCCGAGUUGGCGAGGAACCUCCUGGGCGGCAGAGGUGUUUCACCACUCCUUGCAGCAUCGUUGAUCCACGCUGCAGUUGAUGAAGUUCUCCGAACAGACUUGACUGAAUUUAAGAAGGAAAGUGUGGAAAGGCAGGGAGAAGGAGAUGAGGAAAGGCUCACCUUGCUGGAUGGAGAGUUGCUGCAGCGCUGCUUCUUUAACAAACUUCGGGAUGUCUGCUUUGAAUGGCAGAAGCAGUUGCCACCACUGAGAUCACUGAAGCGUUUCCUGCUUGUUUCCAUCCAUGCCAUCCGUAACACUCGACGGAAAAUGGAGGACCGCCACGUUAUCCUCACGGAGUUCAAUCAGCUGUUUGGCUUAGCAGAUGACAUCGAUCGUGCUUACUUUGCGAUAUUUGACGGCCAUGGUGGAGUGGAUGCUGCCAAUUAUUCAGCAACCCAUUUACAUGUAAAUGUGGGGCUACAUGAAGAGAUUGUUAAGAAUCCAGCUGAGGCCUUGAAAUGCUCUUUCCGGAAGACAGAUGAAAUGUUUCUUCUCAAAGCCAAAAGAGAGAGGCUGCGGAGUGGUACAACAGGUGUAUCUGCAUUGAUUGUAGGGAACAAGCUACACAUAGCAUGGCUAGGCGACUCGCAGGUAAUGCUUGUGCAGCAAGGAAAUGCUGUCACAUUAAUGGAGCCUCACAAACCAGAGAGAGAAGAUGAGAGAGCGCGUAUUGAGGCUCUGGGUGGAUGUGUAACCUACAUGGACUGCUGGCGGGUUAAUGGCACUUUGGCUGUUUCCAGAGCAAUUGGUGAUGUGUGUCAAAAGCCUUACAUCUCUGGUGAUGCAGAUGGAGAUACAUUUGAUCUGACUGGUUCUGAAGAUUACUUGCUCCUAGCCUGUGAUGGAUUCUUCGAUGCUGUCAAGCCAUAUGAGGUUGUAGACUUAGUCCUAGAUCAUUUAAUGCAAACCAAAGGAGUGGGUCUCAAAGCAGCAGAAAGACUGGUGGCUGCUGCGAAGGAAAAUGGAUCCAAUGACAACAUUACUGUUUUAGUGGUGUUCUUGAGGGAUCCACAGGACAUCUUGGCAGACUGUCUCAGAGACACUAAGAGCCUUGAGGCUGGGGAUGAUGCUCGGAGCUCACCCUUUAAUUUCCUCAGCUGUGAGGCAGCAGCCACACAGUGACAAAAUCUGCUUAAUCCAGAAGGUUUAAAAGUUCUCCUAAGGAACUGCUUUCCACUGAAGUAAGCCUCUAAUACAAUAGGCAAAAUGUGUCAGGAAAAAUGACAAAUGGACAAACAUUUAUCAGAAAUGAAAGUCUCCUUUUACUGAGUUCCCAUUUGUCUUUUCUUUCUCUUCCCCUCUGUUCAAAAACACUGGAGAGGCAUGGAGAUUCGUACAGCUCUUUUGUCGGUGGGAGUGGAAUUCUAAACUGUGUCCCAGGACAGCUGUCAUAUCCCUCUGCCCUAGGGGUGGCAAAAAAUGUAUGUAUAAGCUAGUGGGUGAGAGCACCUGUUUGUGAAUUCUGAGUGAAAAUUUGAAGUAGUGCUUCAAAAGAGUGCUAUAUGUUAUAUUUGUGAUAUUACUUUGGGAAUUGGGAGUAGAGAAGCUGUCACUAUCAAAGAAAAGGUUGUUACUUUGCGUAGUCUGUAGGAACAGGCUCGAUAGCACACCAUUAUGCUGUGCAAGUUAUUUUUGUUUUGUACCAAAGAUGAUGUUAAGAGAAUGAUAUUGCCUCUUUCUUCAAGCAGAGACACUUAAUUUUGUGUGUACGGAGAGGGGAAAAUGAAACUGAAUGCUCCAGUGACAGAGCAAAAAAGCAACAUCCCGAGCUACUUUCUGGGGUGCUAUUGUUAAUAAACUGGAAGCCAGUAUUUAACUGCACUGGAUUAUUUCUAACAAACAUGUUUUAUUGGCUGUCUGGCAGCCUGAAAAGAAAGGAACCGUAUUUGAGAGCUGUAUUUGAGAGAGAUCCUUACAAUGUGUAUGCUCUAGCUGUUUAAGUAUGUUGUUUCUACCAUUUUUUGUGUACUAUAACAAAUGCAAUUUUUAUUUUAGCUUCUGAAACUUACAGUUGGAGGAUUUUUUUUUCUUUGUGUCACUUUGCAGUGUUACUUUAUUUUGCUGUGGUUUAUUUAAAUUAGGAUUUUAAAGUGGCAUCUUUAUUACCCGGUUUUAAAGACUGACUGUCCUCAAGUGCCUUAAAUAUUUCACACAAGGAUUGCUGGCUUCUCAUCGUACUCUGAUGAGCCAGUUUAUAGUGUUUUUAAAAUGUGACGUUACUUCAUUAAUAUUAAUGUGUGAUGCACUUAACUCUUUCACUUUUAUUAAUGAUUUUAGUGGGAACUAGGUUUCAAGAAAACAUCUUGUUCAUUGUUGCCAAGUUGCAUAACACAUGGCAUAAGCUUCAUACUGUGACUUACCUCUGCCCCAUGCAUAAAGCUCUAGCUAGGUAAUCGUAAAGUAAUAUUUUGAUCUAUCUUGACUUCCAUAUAAAAAGAAAUACACAUACAACCUUCACAAGAAAAUCUAGUAACAUAAACUAGAAACAUUUUAGUAAUAGUCUUUGGUUACUAGAUGAUUGAUUUUUGCCAUACUUCUUGGACCUUGGGGAUCUAAGUAAUUUUUUAAGGAGAUGUGAAGCUAAGAUAACAAUGAAAGAGUCCUUAAUAAAUGUGUGUUUUGUUUUGCAACUGUUAGAUCCAUUACACACUAGUGCCCCUGGCUGUGUUUUCUCUUGCUUUGCUAAUCUGACUGGCAGAACUCAACAAGAUCUGAAGGCUCAAUGGCAAAUGUGUUAGUAAUUUCUAUACCUAAACAAGAAGUGCUUUACAUCUGGCAGCAAGAUUGUAUGCCCAACUUAGAAGCGCAUGGUGUUGCAAUAUGUCAGUCCUGUGGAUCAAAAUGUGUUGAAAAGUAAUGCCUCUAUGGGAGGAAAUUUUAAAUAGGAGAGUUGAGAUAACUGAACAAAGGCAAAAACAUCAGGGCUGUUUCUGUCUGUGCUGUGUCUGCACCAUCAGCUGGUGUGGGCAGUGCAGUCCUCAGAGUGACUGGAGCCUUUGUUGGGUUGUUAGGGAUGAUCAUAGCAUUUAACACAGUAACUCUUCUGUGAGCUGCCAUCUUCUGUAGCAACUCAGGCAAUUACUGUGUUGUUUUGCUGUGCAACAACAGUAGCUUUUCUGCUAACAAGGUUGUAACCACUUUUCCAUCCUGCAUUUUACUGACUGAAAAUACGUGAAAGCUUUCUGUGAGGGUAACCUAGCAGUGUAGGUGUUGAUUUUUGUAUGAGCCUACUUCAGCUCAGGAAGCCUUCAGUCUUGCAUAAUAUAAUCCCUUUGGAUUUGCCAUCUCCAAUCGCUAUGAUUUCUAAGCUAGAUAUUCAGAGUCAUGCUAAAUUCUGAUGACCACUAGUGCCUCUUGGUGUCUUGGAAACGAAGUUCCUAUUGUUAGUGUAGGAAGAAUAGUACAUAAUUGUUUGAUUUCAUAGCUGACAGGUGAGGAGGAAUCUGUUGUAUUCAUGAGGGGAGGUGUGACAUUUUGCUAAGUUCGUAGUAUGGUUCACUCUCUGAAAUUGGUCAAGUUUCCCAAAACACAGGAAUUAGGGGGGCUGAACAAGUCAAAUGCUCAGAAAUGAUACUUUCAUUUCAAUCUCUUGGCGAAGAUUUACAGUACUGUAGAAACAAAGUAUUCCAAUGUGUACUUACAGCUGUGUGAGAAUAUCCAGUCAAAUUUGGAACUGUGUUUGGUUGGUUUUUAGUGGAGGCUAAGUAAAAUGCACCUCUUAGAAAGCUGUCUGUGGUAAUAAGAAACCUUAAUUCUCAAGCUGUGCUUUAGGAGAGAAAUUACACAUUCUUUCAGUUGUGAUGUUAAUAUCACCUUUAGCAGCCAGCAGCUGCGAUGCACAGUACUGUUACAAGGAGUGUCAGCAGUAUGAGUGAUGCUCUAGCAGAAGGCAGUCCACAAUAUGGGCAAAAUAUGGAGUGGUGCUACGUUUAGUAUUGUAGGGUUGUGGUGUGUGUUUUUGUUCACUUGUUCUUUAAUUCAUAGUACUAAUCUGAUACCCCAGUUUUUCUUAUCAUCCCUCUCAAAAAUUCCUAGAUUUCAGGUGGUGGGUUUGAUUUGCUUUUUUAUUUCGUUUUUGUUCACUCUCUUGGUUUCAACACUUCAAAAAAUAUUAUGUAAUUUGGAUGAGGGAAUGAUCUCACCUCUCUAGACCUUACCAGUGUCCUCAGCAAUACAACAACAUAUUAAUGCUUUUCUGCCAGUGUCCAGUUGACAAUUUGCCUCUUUGUGUGCUGAUGAACAUGCAUCAAAACCACUGCUUGAGUCUUGCCAACAUCUCUGAAGCUGUAGAAAUUAGCUGAAGCAUUCAAGACAAACGUUCAAUGAAAAAUUGUUUUCAUAUUUUACUAGAUUUCAGUUGGCUGUCUGCUGCAUUUUUAGCACCCAGCAUUAGAAAGUUGCCCCUUAGAGGAGCCAGAAUCUUUGAAACACCGUGUGCUUAAAUUUUCACCAUGUGCUUGAUUGAAAACUAGUGUUAGCCAUCCUGCUUAGUGGGUAUACAAUGCCUCUUUUGAUUAUGGGUAAUUCACACCUCCACCUUUCUGUCCUUUCCUGCCCUGCCCUCUUUGGCAAAGAAAUGUACCUGGGAUAGUAAAGUCUUGCUCUGACACAGAUAAGAUUACAAUUUUAAAGAUUACUUUCUUCUUCUUCUUCUUCUUUUUUUCUUCCUAAUACAGAAGAUAGAAAGGCAGGAAAAUUUUUAGAACAGAGGGAGAUUAAGUAAAAUCCAUCCUGUAAGUGAUGGAGGAGUGAAAAAGAGAGGAAUGCAUUUAAGUAUUAUUAAUGCCUAUUUUAAAAAGGAAGUGGGCUGGAAUAUAGAGCCGCAAAUGUCAGUUCUUUAGCAUGAAGUACCAGUGCUUGAAAGAAUUAGAAACACACCCAUUAGAAAGGCAAAACUGAGAUGUGGUAGCUCUGGCUUCAAACAGUGAAAGAAGAGAUUACAGUAAAAGCAUCCUGAGUGACUUACUCUGACCCCUCAGUGCUGUCUUGGAAGUUAAUGCCACCAAAUGGAUUUUUAAGAUGUCUUUACAUGUAAAGUACUGCUAAGAGGGAGCAUUGGGUGCAUUCAGUCACUGGUCAGUGCAGCUGCUGUCAUGGGUAACGAUGUGAAGUGUACUAACAAAGUGAUGCUGCUGGUGAGCCCUCAUAGGAUGAGUAAUUGGGCCGAGUGGUUACAGCAGAGCUGGCAAUUGAAUUGUAUUAAUCACAGUGAUGACUUUAAUAGCAUUUAAUAGACACUUACCUAAAUUCAAAGUCAGAAGAGAUAUUGCUGUUUUUAAAGGCAUUUCCAGUGCUAUUAGCUUUUUGUCAUGAAAAGCCAUUGAAAUGUCCUUUUUGGUUGUUGUUGAAUAUCUGUAAAAGUGCUUCUCUUGCUUUCUGAAUUCUGGAGAGAAGUUGUCUGCCUGCUAUGGAAAACCUGCUCUCUGUUGACAGCUUAAAGCAGCUGUUUGGGGGUGAAACGUCCCAGCAAUUCUUUAAAAACAAACAAAAAUGUGCUUCCAAAACAAGUGGAUGAGGAUCAUAUGCAUUUCUAAACGGUGUUGCACUAGAGACUGUAUCUUUAAGGAACCAGCAAAUACCUUCCAUUCAUAGAGAGUCAGCUAGUUGAGCUCCUUGAAGCCUGAAGUAAGAUUGCAGCUCUGCUCUUUGUAUAAGUGAAAUGUUCGUUAGUUAGCUUACUGGGAUUCUUGUGGAUGCAGAUGCAUAACACAUGGCACCAGACCUGGUAUAUUUCUGUUCUUAUAGUACUGAAGUAUCGAGCAAACACUUUAAGGAGAAGGUGAGGUAAAUAAUAGCCACAAUGGAGCAGAUUCCAGAGGAUUCAUGUGUAAUAUAGCUCUAGUUAAGCCUGAAUUAAAUUACUCUACUUAGUUCUGCUACUGUCCCUUGUACAAUUGGGCCUGUGCUGUUAGACAAAAUCCAACUGGGAAGUAAUGGUCUGAUUCCCUUUUUUGAGGAGCAGACAACUCCUGAUAACCAGAAUGUAUUUCAGGGAGGGCUGGAGAAGGAGAAAAGCUUUGAAACGAGUGCUAAACUUCCACAUCUGCACCAUUUGUGUAGUCUUUCUAAACAAGUUUUUAGCGUGUCUGCAGUUGUGCUGAAAAACAAUUCAUUUUUCUGUUAACCUAAUCACAGCCUUUAAAACUGACAGCACUAAAACCACGAGGCUGGUCCUCCCUGCUUCCCUGAAUCUAGACACCAGAACAGCCAGCCCUUCUGUGGGACUGUUUCAUAGCACUGACAUCUCUAAGAGCUAAGCCCACCACUUUGUGCAGAAGUUCUGUUUGUUUCUUAUAUAUUCAUUGGAUUUUACUGUAGGUAGGUAGUUCUGCUGAUUUCAGCCACAUCAGCUGAAAAGUAAUCAAAUGGAAACAUCUGAACACAUCUCUGUUGUAGACACUUCUCAACAUACCUUAAAUAAGCUGACAGAUUCUUGUCAUGACCUUCUAUCUCCAAACAAAACAGGAAGCCAAAACCUUACAGAGAAUUGCUUACGCCUUUGUUGUGUGACCCUCUAGACUGAAGCCUGAACAGGCAUGAGCCCUCCCCUCGAGUUUCUCAGUGUUGGUAGUUCAGCAUGUUUUCCAAGCAGUGCAUGCUGCUGCUGGUAGACACAGAAAUAAAGAAAAGACAGCUGUAUUGGCAACACAGAAAGCCUAGCAAGGUGCAGCUUUUGUCAAAUAGAAGAGGAGAAAAUCAAUAGGGAAAUAAAGCUUUUCAAGUUUCUUGGAAUGCAAACAGUGCAUUAACAACCUAGAAGAGUUUGCCAUGGACUGUCAGCUUAAAACUUUAGCAGAUGAGUUUGGCUGCUUUGUAGUAUUUGCUUUAUUUUGUUAACAAACUUCUCUCAGUCAGGGUUUCAUGUCUUACGUGCUUUUUAGUCUGAAGACAGAAAAAAUACUCAGCUGCUUAGAAAGUUACAUUUAUCUGGGCUUUCUGACUGCUGUAAUGGAGAGAAUAUUCAGUAAUCGUGCGCUAAGUGAUUAGCCUGAUUACUAAUUCCCAUGAGAUAUUAAUAUAUCAAGUAAUGAACAUAGUAGAGAUAAAAUGUUUCUGGAUAUCUUUGCACAAAAACCCUGAUCUAGUGGAUCACUUCCUGAUUUGUUACCAUUUGUGCAGCAGUACCUUUGGCACAUGGAACAUUUGUCACUUUGUCAGAUGGAUCUUGAAGGUGUGAUCAUCGCUCCCAGUUAUUAAUGAACAUUCAACAUCCCCUCAAGAUACAGCAGCUUCUCUUUCUCACACUGCUCUUUCUAAUGUUAAAAGACAUUCUACUAAACAUUGGAUGAUGAAUACUGCUGUCUUUUUUUUUUUUCACACCUUCAGUGUGUUUGAAGGAACAUCCUGUUUAGUAACAUGUUUAUUUUGUAGCUUAAAACUUUACACUGACAAAAGAGGGUAUUGCAUUUCUUACUUCCUCUUCUGAAAGCCAGUCCUGCUAUCUUCUCACUUCCUGGUUUUCCUUUUCUUCUACCUCUUAUAGCCUCUUCCACUAUCAGCUGUCCCCCUGCCCUGCACUGCAUUGUCCUCCUCCCAAAAAAAUGCUGCUUAAUCAAUAAACAGUAUUGGCUGUUAAUUCAGUUUGAUUGCCUUUUAUAAUUUUAAUUUCAUCUGUGUUAUGGUGAAUGUGGUCUGAUCUUUGGAGGCCUGCAACACCAAGAGUAUAGAAGGUACCAUGUCAGCUAGGAAGGUGUGAGACUAGAACAACUUGUACUUUUGGCAUUGCCCAGUACUGGCUGGUUAAGAAGUAAAUCCUCCUAUUUGCAUACUAUUUCCUAGGAAUGCUUGAUUUUUCUUUUCAGGUAAGAGUAGCUCUUAUCCCAGAUACAGGGCUUGAGAGACCUUCUAGUCUCUGGUUUCUGUUCCUGCAGACUGUUGGUGUUUUCACCCAUUUGCAUUGUGUUUAGAGGAGCUUUCUGAGUUUCUCCACUGCUUCAGUAGUCUCUUUUUUUGCCCUAGUUGGCCGAGCAGACAGGCUGGUAACUGCAGCAUGGCACGUGGCUAACCAACCUCUCUGUCAGUGUACCUCCUCAGCGUCUGCUUUAUUAUAGCUACAGUCCUUUGCUUAGUUAGAAAUUGGACUUCUGUAACUACUCCUGCUGACACAAAAACAUGUCCUUAUCAGUAUUAAAGUAGUCCAAGAGCAGAACUGUUGCUUUAGGCACAUUUCUUGCCACUGUGUUGGCUAAUGAACCUUGAAUGAAAAUGAAAUGGCCAGUGACUUUGAAGUAGGAGCUGUUAGGCAAGUGUUGUAGAGCUGUAGUCUUUAUUUAUUUUGUAUAUUAAUCUGCACUUGUGACUCAGAACAGAAAAGCUGCAGCACAGCAGGUUUUAUGAGCUGUGGCUUAACCAGUUUCUAGCAUCUGAAAACUCUUUAUUUAAACAGACUGGUUCUGCACACAGAUCAGAAACCUGUUGUCAUUGAUCAUUACAUGCUGUGCAUAUUGUAUGUCUGUUUAUAUGAAUUGUUCUAAUAGCGCUUGUGUGUAUUAUGCUACAUUACCAUAUUUUAUAUAUAUAUUUGUAUGUAUGUAUUGCAUGAGGUUUCAUUGUUGGGGUUUUUUUUGUAUUGUCACUUUUGUAUUCACACAGUGCCUCAUGUAUCUACUUGCAUAUUUCAAGAAGUUGCUUCAAAGCAGUGACUGGAAACAAGUGAGGAGAAGAACUCUUCACUGUAGGAUCUGCUGUUUCUGAAGUAUUAAUAAAGCAUAAUGAUUUCAA